GUUGCAGAGCUUCGAGAAGAUGACACUUGACAGCAGUACUUGGCAUCUCCACAAGCGAGGUGGAGAGAGUAUAGCUGAUUCUGAUAGAGUAAAUACUUCCAAGGGACUGCACCUGUGCAACAAAUCGUUCUGCCACUACCAGCUGAAAUAAUUGCCGUUGUGUACACUAGCUCCAGGCCAGGGCGUAGAUCUACGAAGGAACGUUUCUAAAAUAGUUUUUUCUUAAGUUGACUUGACUUCCUUGUUUCAAAUAUUUCGACGCCCCAGUAUGCCUCUUCCGAAACCCGACAUCUCCAAUGCGAAGGUUGAGCCGGUCGUGGACCAGAAGAUGGUGAUCGGCGAGGGCCCGCACUGGGACGAGCCCACGCAGACGCUGGUCUGGGUGGAUAUCUACCAAGGACUGGUCAUGAUCUACGACCCAGCAACAGGAGUGAACAAAGUAUUUGAUGCCAAGGAGCAGCUGACGAAACUGGGAGCGAAGGACAAUCGCCUAACCGUGGGUGCCGCGAUACCAAUUGCUGGUCAGCCUGGAAAGCUGCUGCUCGCUACGGGUAACCACAUUGGAACGUUGGACACGUCAAGUGGUGAAAUUGAAUUCAAGAGUGAAUAUUCAGAUGGUACUGACGACACGCGCUUCAAUGAUGCCAAGUGUGAUCCUUCUGGCCGCCUCUGGGCUGGCUCAAUGAGUUCGGAAGUAAACGCUAAGGUGCGCGAUCCUGAAGCUGGCAAUCUGUAUUUGGUUGACAAAGGAUUUGCUGUGUCGAGCCCAAAGGACAGCAAGUUUGCUAUCGCGAAUGGCCUGGCAUGGUCAGCUGAUGAAAAGACAAUGUACUUCGUAGACUCUACCCCCGGGGCCAUCUAUGCGUAUGACUAUGAUAACGCCAAUGGCACUAUCUCUAACAGGCGCACCCUGCUGGACACCUCCGGUCUCGGCAUUGGCUUUCCAGAUGGCAUGUGUAUUGAUAGUGUCGGUCGGCUGUGGGUGGCUGGAUACGCUAGCUCAGGAGUGCACUGCAUCGACCCGACUGCUCCUGAUCAAGCUCCGCUGACGAUCAAGAUACCGAAUGCCAAGUGUGUGACGUCAUGCUGCUUUGGUGGAAAGAACCUGGACGAACUUUACGUCACAACUGGCGGUCGGGAUGAUGACGAUGUACAUGCUGGCAAGCUGCACCGCAUCACAAACCUUGGCGCUACAGGCUUUGCUGGUCAGCCUUACAUUGCCUAGAUCCGACCCACUGUCCCAACAUUGCACCUGCAACCAAGCAAUACCAGCUGUGUACAACUAGUAGCAGCUCCAGUGAGCUAUUCAUUGA